AUGUUUUCCCGAGGAGACAUUCCGGAAACUGCAAUGUCCGACGGCCGUCACGAGAUGCUGGAUGCUGGACGCUGGAUGCUGGACGCCGGAUGCUCCCCAGUGCGGAAACGCAGAGCGACCAGGCCAAACUACGCCGAGAUGCGUCAUAUUCCUCCUCCGCCCCCCACGUCGCAAAACAUCAAACCAUCGCGCCUUGUCUCGGGACGCCCUGCUUGCCUGCCAGUUUUCAGACCCCGAAAAAAAGGGAGAGAGCUGGCUGACAUGCGGAUUACGCCGCGUGGCAGUAAGCGGCCAGCAGCUGGUUGCCGAUUGGCCCAGCUCGGAACCCAAGGGCUGAUGUGA